CUGCUCGACAAGGACCCAAACCAUUCGUUAAACGCAUCAACAAAUUGUGUCGAGAUGAUGCACCUUGUGUGUAAAGCGAUGCGCAUGCGAACGGAUGACGACUUCGAGCCGCGGGAUCUCUUUCUUCCGGUCUCCUUCGCAACUUUGGACAUUGACUGGGGUCCGGACCCGCCACCUAUCCGUGUUCCCCUACGGAAGCUGCACUUCGUUGGAGGAAGAGUCGGAAUAGAACUCAUCGACGGAAUUCAGGUCGGCUGCUUGUUGCAUCAGCUGGUUACCGGCGAGGCGAAUGUGCUGUACCUCUUGCAAGAAUUUUCUAAGCUGCCUGAUCCUUCACCUGGCGCGACGCGAAAUUUGCGCAGAUACCCAAUAAGUUGGUGGGGUGCAGAAGUUCCUGCUGAUUUCGAAACUUGGAUUUUGCGUCCGAGUUCUGUCGAGAAGCGCUUUGUGCGUCGAGGAUACCCGAGAAACAAGCGCUAUCGCACGAUGGAGAGGUACCACACGACGGCAGUUGCCAGCACACGCAAGAAAAACGGAGCGGAGGAGCGGGUGAAGCCACGACUGAAGAGUUUUGCCUGUGCCUUUGCAGGUGUCUACCAUCGGAGGCCUUCGGGUACGAGCCAGGAUAUGGCAUUCCACAUUCCAUAUACCGACGCUGAAAAGGAAAAGCAUAACGCGGAUUUUGCUUGUCAUACGGACGCACAGUGUCUAAUGUGUGACAUCUGGAAGGAAGUUUUGACGCCCGAUCUAUUGAACCUCGAGUUGCAUCACUUUGUGAUCACGGACAAGUUUCUUCCCUUGAGUCAUCACAUCGAUAGGACGCUAUCAUCGCAUCCCGAUUGGUGGAACCGAGGACUUUCGGCAAGAUUUUGGUUCCACAAUCACAAUGCAAUAAACUUACGUCACAUGUCGCUGAACCACGUACCCCAUACGUGUUUUUGUGAUAUUUUCUCCGCUGUUACAUCACUCAAGAUUGUCGCGUACGACUACCCGCGUUGUCGUCCUGCGUUCGCAGGCGCGAAUCAUUUACAUUUUAGUCGUUUACAGUACGGACUGCUUCCGCGUUGCGGGCAUUCCGAGUACGAGCCAGCUUCUGUCGUGGAUGAACUAGUUAUGCGGAAUGGCAUUCCUUUCUAUUUCGAGGGUCUUCCCUCGUUUCGGGAAUUUCUCAUGAACUUCCCCUUUCGUCAGAAGAACAUAGAUUUUCGGUUUUCCGAAGAAGUAAUUUUGACUGAUAACCAAACCGAGGAUGUCGUAUUCGCUUUCUACGCUGGAAAAUUACUGAGUGAGUCACUGUCCUCUGAUGCGCGGCGCAGAUUCGAAACAUCUUUGAAUCGCGAAAAGAUGUUUAUGUUGGUGCAUUCCUGUGCUUGUAGUCCCAUUCGUGAGUACUGGAAAUUAGCGUUGUAAAGCAGUUCCGACGCACACGCAAUAAAGGCGGAGCUUCUGCUCAGAUUCGUUUUCUUCCUAUCGUGUAUUCCUAGAACAACACAAAAUAGAAACUCAGACUACAUACAAAAGUAGAUCGAAAUGUGAUAAGGAAAAGCAAAUCGAUAAACACGCUCUUCAAAUCGUACCACUUCACCGCAGGCAUUAUUUUUGAAAGUUUUUGAGCAGCACAAGCACUGAACUUACUAGAGUUUUCCUAUCACUUCGUAUAGCCAAGGGCCCGCUGCGAUGGAAGAGAAAGUGGACGGACAAUUCGCACGUUUUCAGACUUCCAAUCAAGGAUCAAGUCUGGG